GCUGGGACAGGUAUGAGGCAGCCAUACGUCUUUUGGCAAACAACACGUUGUUCCGGCCGAUGGUGGAGUCGCACAUGAAGGCGUACCGGGAGGCGGAGAGAACAAGUCCGCUUCGAAGCUUGGAUCAAGCUGGCAGGAACUUUGGAUGCCCUGGGGGAACAUCUCCAAGUGUACCAACAUCAGUGCACGCGCUGAGAGCUGGUGACAUAAAGGUCGUCGCAGCUUUGGGUGAUUCUCUCACAGCAGCCAAUGGCGCGGACGCCUGGACCAUUCUGGGUUGUCUCACAGAAUACAGAGGCACGUCCUGGAGUAUUGGUGGCGACAGGAGCAUUACAAGUGAUGGUAUAACUGUUGCAAAUAUAUUGCGCUAUUUCAACCCAAACGUGUACGGCUUCUCCAACGGCCAAGGUGACCGAGACUCUGCCAACAAGCGAUUCAACGUAGCUAAAUCGGGCGACAAGAGCAUGCACAUGCCAGAGCAGGCUGAUUUGUUGGUGCAGAGGCUCAGAAACGACCCCAACAUCAACUUCCAGAACGACUGGAAACUCAUCACCAUCUUCAUCGGGGGGAACGACCUGUGUCAGUUCUGUGCAGAUGAGCCGGACCACACCGCUGUGAUGUACGCCAGCCGUAUCGAGCAGGCAUUACAGAUCCUCUACGACAACGUCCCCCGCGCCCUCGUGCAGGUCGUCAACAUCUUCGACAUCGGUCCUCUUACAGAAAUGGGUGGCUUCAUUUGCUCCACUGUUCACGUAUACGCCUGUGACUGUCUACUAAACCAGGCAGGACGGGACAAGGCGAGUAUACUGACCCUUGACUACCAGCGAGAGACCGAGAAAGUUGUCAGCAGUUCAAAGUUCCACAAUCACGAAGACUUCACUGUUGUGCUGCAGCCCUUCCUGGAGGAUGCUGACCCACCAAGAAAGUCGGACGGAAACUUGGACACCGCGUUCUUCGCCCCUGACUGCUUCCACUUCAGCCGGAUGGGACACCAGAUGGUGGCCAAGAACCUGUGGAACGCCAUGUUUCAGCCGGUGGGUAUGAAGGAUCGAGACUGGGACAUGAACGUCCCCAUAUACUGCCCAAAGGAGAAUGAGUUUAUAGCAACCGAGAAGAACAGCCGGCGGUAAUGGAGAACGUAGAGUCCUGUCAGCAAUAAAUGCCAACAAUAAAUCCUUAUGAGACUUAAA